AUGCGCCGUCGCAAGAAACCCGGGAUAUCGGAGUGGGUCAAUAAAAUCAGAGAAGGGUUCUAUGCAAAAUACAGUGAUCAAAUCGAAGCUGAGUUUCGGAGACGUGAUCCUCAAUUUUCGAAGAUUGAAUCACUGAUUCGACAAGCAAACCGGGCUAUUCGUGCAGAGAAUAAAAAGCACAAUGUAGGCAUGGAGCUUGGAACUAUACCUGAAGGCCACUAUGACUUGACAUGGAGACAAUGGCAAAAGCUUAGAGAGCCGGGGAGAAUCAAUGGUUCAAUGAGACAGGAAUGGAUAUUGUUUGACAGGGUACAGAACCUUUUUCACCAGUUCAACAAGCAGAAUCAACUUCCUCUGGAAUGGAACUUUUCCCGUGAAUACGCAGAGGAGCAAUUUGGUCCCCGACCAGCAGAUAUGGAAGAACAGCUUGACUCUGAUGCAGAUUCGGCAUUUUCAUACUCCGAUCCUGAGUCCGAAUCAGAGGCUGAAACUGAGGAUGGUCUUAAUGGACUAGAGCUUUUGGAAAUCAGAACGCGAAAAGAGUACAGCACCUUGUCACAUGGCAAAGUGCUAUACUGGUGGCCAGUGGGGACCGGCAGUCAGAUUUUUGUUCGGUAUGGAAGUAGGCAGUGCCCCAUCUAUCGGAUUCGCGCGGGCUCUUCACAGCCAUGGGAUAAACGAACCACGGAACAGGUCUCGUGGACGACUCCUGGAACCGCGACUGAAGAAUACGAGGAUAUCACAGGCUUCAAGAAAUUGGUCUAUAUGAAGUCCCGUAGGGACGUUCAAGAUGUUCUCGGCGUGGGUUGGAAAGUCCCCGAAGAUGAUGACCACAAACGGCGUGCUGCUGUGCUAGAGCUUCGGCCAAAGAAGGAGACAUACCCCCACACCAGGAUCCUAAUAAAGUGGGCGAAUGGUCAAGUAUCGUUGGAAAGACGGGGAUUCAUAAGACGGAUUACUGCUGGUAGUAGCCUGUAUGGAGACUGGACUAUCUAUGCUAAGGCUCGGGAAAUGGAAAGGGCGUACUGGGGUCAUGACCCGGAAGACUACGGCAACCCCGAGGACUACAGUGACAGAGCUACUACAGACAGCGACUCGGAUUCGGCCACCUCGGUAUUCUCUUAUGACGGCCCCCGGACUCGACAAGCCAAUGUCUCCCGCUCGAGGAAGCGUCGUGGGAGAGCAAGACAGCCUAAGAUCGACUCUGAUUUCCCAAAUGAUGAUCCUGCGGGUUCCGCAAGUAAUAAACUCAGAUACAGGGAUAUUGAGAUGCAAAUUAGCCUUCUAACAAAGCAAUUAAAGAGGUUGCAGGCCGGCAGGCACCAUCGAUAG